UUUUUCAAUUGAUUUUAUUAUAUUCUUGAUAGUUUUUAUAAGGCGCCGUUAGAGACCGCCACAAGAUUUCGAUGUUUCUAGCAAUUUAGAUUUAACGGUUUACACACUGCGCGUACACUAAUUUCUAACCUAAUAUCAAUGUCAUUUGUGUUAUUCUAUGUUCAUGUAGUAUAAUAUUUAUAUAGUAUACUUUCGAAUGCUUUCUAAAUCAUUUAUGAAUUAUUAGUAAGAUCAAAUAAAAAAAUGAAGUUACGUGAUUUUAUCUACGUUAAAAGAUAACGUAUAAAUAUAUAACAGCUUUACUAUAAUGAUAUAACUUUCAAAUAAUGUCUUUUGAAAUUAAUAGAAGAUUCGAAAAAUAUCAACAAUAGCAUAAGCAAUGUUUUCUAAUACCUGUAUAUAAUGUUUGUAUAUAAUAAUUAUUGACUUGUUCAAAAUAUUUUAUGACAUAACAAAAAAUAAUUCAUUAAAGAACUAGUUAAAAUAUAAAGUGAAUGAUUUCUAAUAGUCACUAUGUGUGGAGACGCCCACAUCAAAGAGCAAUGGCAACUUUUACAAAGUCUUCGAUCUAUUGUAGAAGGUUUAUUAGUUGAUGGUGUUUUAAACGUAUGGAAUGUUUAUGGUGGUUUAAAUCGUCUUCACAAUGUAAUGGAACGGAUAUUCAAACAUGGCUGUCGAAUAUUUAAUCGAAAUGGAGAACCAGAUUGUUGGAUUUUUAUUCAAGGAUUAAAUUGGCUGCAGCCUUCUGUUGCAUUGUCACCUGUUGUUUCUGAUACAGAAGAUUAUCUCUCAAAUUUACCAACUCGAAUCACAGCACAUAAAGAUAUGUUAUGGUUGUAUAAAAGUUUGGAAAAUCAUUCUUUGUCACACAAACUUUCAUGGCUUUUGUCUGAUAAGGAACAUUUAUUUUCUUGUUUUGAACCAUGGGCAUUUUUAUGUCAAGAAAAUUUAGCUGAAGCUACAUUAUUAUGUCUAAGAGCAGUUGAAAGAAAUCAACCUACAUUACUUACAGAAAUUGAUCCAUCUUUGUUUUUACCUUCUUGGAUUGCUCCUAAAAUAAAUCAAAAAAAACAUCGUAGAUCUUCUUCAUAUCCAAUCAAUUUUUCAACUAUAAAUUUUAAUGCAAGAGAUAAAACUGUACAUGUUGAAAAAUGUCAAUUAGAAUCAUUAAAGAUAGCUUCAGAUAAUAAUAUGCAACAUGAUGUUAGAUCUGAUGAAAAAAUUCAAGAUAAAAUAUCAGAUCCUAAAGAAAUUAAUGAUAUACCUUUAAAAAGUUGGAGUAGUCUCUCAGCAUUAACUAAAAAUUGUAUAACUCUAGAAAAAAAUGUUUCUAUAUCUUCAUCAUAUAUGGCAAAUAAUAGUUCACAUAAAAAUCAUGAUUCUCAAACAUCUUCUGUUGAAUUAUCAAAAAUAAUUAAUGUAAAUUAUGCUGAAUUAAAACAUUCAACAUCAACAGUUAUAGAUAAUAAAUUACUUAUAAAACCAAGGACUCCCAUAAGGAAAAUGAAAAAUAAAACUAAAAUGAAAGAAACUCAAUAUAUAAAAAAAUCUAAUGAAGAUUCUGAUGCAUUAAAUAAUGAAGAUGUAUCAAUAAAUACAGUAAAGGAAUAUAGAAUUCCAUCUCUUAUACCAAAUGAAACGAGUUCAAAUAUAUAUAAUACAAAUUCUCCUGAAAUAGAAAUAUCACAAAAACCAAGAAGAAAAACUUCCUUUUUACCAGGAUCAGCACCUGAAUUCAUUAAUCCGUGGAAUUUAGAAAUUGAAGGACAAAAAGAUAUAAGAACACCAAAGAAAACUUUCAUGGAAGAUGGUGGAAGCAGUGUUCAACCUAUGGCAAUAGGAUAUUUUCCAUGUCCAAUAGAAGGUCAAAGUUUAACAAAUUUCUUAGCAUCUGCACAAUUUUCCAGAGCAAAUGCUGAAUUGGAUAGAGAAAACGCACAUUUCAGUAUUUCUGAGGCCAUGAUAGCUGCCAUUGAACAAGUAAAAUGUAAUAGACAAUGGCGUCUUAUGGAAGAAGCAAUUGAAGAAAGUGACGAAGAAAUAAAUAGCUUAAAACAAAGAAUACGAUUAAGACGCCGUCAGCGACAAGAAGAGCGAUGUAAAAGAAGGACGUGGAACCGUGAGUUAUUGAGCGAUGGCAAAACUGAUACAACUACUACUGAUCAAAGUGUUAGUCCAUUAUCAACCUCAUCUGAUACUCCAUCAGAAAAUAUAUCCACUGAUGACAUAGAGGAUUUAGAAGUAGAUGACGAGCGAAAUGCAAUAAAACUUAAGAAUGCUGGGAUUUCCAUAUCUAUGGCAUCCUUAUAUUCUGAUGCAGAUUUAUAUCAAUCAUCCCCUGCUCAUGAAACGGAAUCAACAUUAACAGAAAGUAGCAUGUCUGCAGAAGGAGUAGCUUUAUCACUUCUUAGCAAAUUUAGUGAAAAACAAUUACCGAGAGCAAGCGAAUUACAAUGGUUGGUUUCUGAAAUAGAUGUACCACAAAGAUUAUUACCGUUACCAAAAAGUUGGCCAAUUAAUCCAGAUGAUGCAGAAAAUUCACAAUCAAUUCCUUUGCGCGGAACUACAGAUUGGGCUCCACCAAGGCCUCAAAUUAUUUUUACAUCACAUCCUCCACCAGUACGACGCACUCUUAUAGCUAAACAGAAUUAUAAAUGUGCAGGAUGUGGAAUGAAAGUUGCGAUAAAAUAUGCAAAUAAAUUUCGUUAUUGUGAGUAUUUAGGUAGAUAUUUCUGUACUGGAUGUCAUACCAAUCAAGUAGCAUUAAUACCAGGAAAGAUUUUAUCUAAAUGGGAUUUUAAUAGAUAUCCUGUAUCAAAUUUUUCAUAUAGAUUAUUGGAUCAAAUGACAUCAGAUCCAUUAUUUCAAAUAAAUGACUUAAAUCCAUUGUUAUAUAGACGCAUAAAACAAUUAGCCAAGACAAGACUAUUACGUUCACAAUUAUUUUUCUUUAAAGAUUUUCUAUUUACCUGUCGAUUUGCAACAAGUGUUCAAGAUAUAUUAAAAAAAGAACCAAAUUAUAUAAUAAGUGAACCUCAUAUAUAUUCUAUUCAAGAUUUGAUGCAUGUUAAGUAUGGUAUUUUACCAAUGAGACUACAAGAAUUAGUUCAAAUGUGUAAUAUGCAUAUUAUGGGCUGUGAGUUAUGCCAAGCUAGGGGAUUUGUAUGCGAAUUAUGUUAUUCCAAAGAUGUCAUAUUUCCAUGGGAAUUCUCAAAAGUUAAUAGAUGUGAAAUGUGCGGUGCAUGUUUUCAUAACGAAUGUAAGCAAAAUUUUAAUAAGAUAGAUUGUCCGCGCUGUAUUCGUUUACGUGCUAGACGAAUAUCUAGAGAACAAUUUUGACAUAUAGCAAAAUUGUUUUGCGUCAUAUCUUUACCUAUGAGUAUCGAAUGUAUAAUUUAAAAUUUAUUUAAAUCAGAUAUAAAAAGUUUAUAAAAAAUCAGAUAUUCCCAAAUUUGGUUUUUAUUUAUCAUAUUUAAUAUAUAAUUAAAUUGUUAAAUGAUAAGUAAAUUUGAAUUACAAAAUUAUCAAAUUAUUUAUCAAGCAUUAUGUUAUUAAUUAUAUAUAAAAUAUAGAAAAAAUAUUGCUUGAAAUUUGGAAGUAUAGUAUUUUAUACAAAAAUUUAUUUAAUAUACGGCAAAUAUAGUAAAGACUGAAGAAAAAAUGUGAUAUUUAAAAUAAUUGUAAUUUUAUUUUUAAAUUUAUCUAUUAUUUUACGUAUUUCAUAUAUUAUUUAUCCAUCAAUUAUUACGUAUUUUGUUAUCGGAAAAAUAGAGAUAAUUUAUGACUUAUUUAUAAAAUUUUUAAUUUAAAUAAUAUAAAUUAUUUCAUUGUUAAAAAAUAAUGUAAAUAUGUACUGUUAUUUGAAAUAUUUAUAUUUUGCUUUUAUUUUUUAAUUAUGAAUCUUAAUUAUUUAAACUUUUAAGAUAAUUUAAUAAAAUUAAAAAUAAUUUAAAUAAUUUAUUGCAUGUUACAAAUAAUAAUUGUAAAAUGGCAAUAAUAUUUUAAGUAUAAUGAUUUAUAAAAAUGUUACCUUUGUACUGGAAAAAUAUAAUAGUCAUAAAUGCUGUACCUGGUUCCCGUCAUGAUUGAAAGUAUGCAUUGUUUAUUUAUAAAUGUUAAUACAGUCGAAGUUUAUAAUAAAAUAUCAAAAUUUGAUAUUGUUUUAUUUUCUAAAAAUAUUUUUGAUAUGUCUUUUUCGGAUAUUACAUUUUAUAUUGGGUACUAUAGCAAUAUAAUAAAAAAGAAUAUACAAGAAAUUAAAAAUCUUUUUUGAUUUUAUUAAAUUACAUUUUGUUUACAAUGGUUCACAUACACACAUCUUACAAAAUAAUAGAUAAUAAUACAUUUAUUGCUGGUACAAAAAUAUAAUGAUAUUAUGUACACCACCUAAUUUCAAUAAGUCCUAGAACCGUACAAUAUUUCUAUAUGAUAAAUUUUUAUUGUAAAGGAAUCACUUUAAAUUUGACCUAAUAAUUGUUAAAAAUAUGUACACAUCGAUAAUUGUGAUCUAUAUGUACAAUUACUCUCUUGACAUAACAUAUUUUUCUAAGAAAAGUUCUAGAUAAUAAUCCUUUUCUAAUUGCUAGGUAAUGUAACUUGUAUAAAUAUUGUUUAUGAGAAAAUUUUGACGAGUUUGAUUAUACCAAAUAUUUGAAUAUAUUUAUAUCACAGGUGGUAUUUUGUAUAUAUAUAUAUAUAUGUAUAUUUAUGUAUAUAUAUAUAUAUAUAUAAAAAAAAUGCCAUUUAUUAAUAGGCACAAGUAGUUACUAUGACACGAGUAAAGUUCAAAAAAAUAGAUCACUUCAUUAUACUUGUAUUGUAUGCAACUAAUUAAGAUAAUGAAUAAAUAUGAUGUCAUAUAUAAUGACAUAUAAUGAAAAAUUAAUUCUUCUAUAAAUUACAUAUAUAUAUUUAUAUAUUUAAACUUAUUAAUUUCAUGCAAUUUGUUGAUAAAAUAUUUAAAUUUGUUUAAUUUUUAUAAGAAAGAAAUAAUCUUUUUUUAAUAUUAUUAAUUUUAUACUGUGUAAUGAGCAAAAACGUAUUAUAUUCAUCGGUAUGUAACUAUCCUUAGGAGCAUACAAUUUAUCAGUCUAUAAAAUGCAAUAACAAUGCAUAACAAUACGCCACAACCUAUACGACUCAUUAAAAUAUGAGCGCCGCAUAAUUCAUUAAUUUCAUUUAUUGAUAUUUGUAUGUACGUAUUCAUUGAAUCAAAGGCAUCAUAUAAUAGCAUUAUAUAUAAGUAAAAAAUUAUAAGUAAAAGAUUCAUUUUUAAUCUUUACAUGCAUAAAACUAUUUUGACGAUAUUAAUUUUUUUUAUGAGAAUUUUUAUAGAAUAUAAAAAUGUGACGCUAAAAUAAAUUUUCAACAAAAAAAAAAAAAAA